UGCAUUGUGGGACAUACAGUAGUUUCAAGAUGGCGGCGAGCAGGAGGCUGGCCAAGGUAAAUCUCCCGUCAGAUCCCGUUAUUUUCUUAUUAUCUGCUCUGCUGUUGUACGCGGGGAGCUUAAACGGCUAGUGGACGCUCUCACACCUCAACACAAGCUCCGUUUGGGCUCUAUUGUUUUCUGUAGAGUCGUUAAAUCACUCUUGUUAAUGUGUAAAGUGAAUAAAAAAGGAGAGGUCAGCAGUGGCCACCUAACGUUAGCCCAUCGACUGUAACCGUUAGACCGGAGAGCACCGGCAACACAGGCCGGACAGCCCGGAUCAGUCUUCACGAAACGACCCAAGAACCGCUCUUUGUCUUCUUGUCGUACUCGAACUUUUAACGGGAAUUGUUUUAUUUAAUCACCAAAAGGAGAAAAUAUAUAUUUUAACAACACCAGACCGUUUGAGAUUCAUAACGGCGUUUGCUAAUCAGCUAACCUGCUAGCCUCAGGCAUUAGCUGCGAUUGAGCUAAUGCUAACUGAGAGCGAGUCCGUUAGCCGAGCUCACAGUCAGACAGGUUUUAUUAAGAGGAGGAGGGAGGGGAUAGAAUUAGUGAUAAAUAGGUAUCAUGUGCGAAUACUGUCAGGGGAAAGAUUCGGGCUUUACCAUUGUACAUGACUACACGGUUACCAUUAUUAGCCCGCUAAGUGACGUUCAGAAAAGAGGUGAUGGCACAAUGCGCAUGCGCUUUGUUAUCUCUUAGCACAUGAUUAAAGUUUUGUUGUGUGCCUCUCCCUGUUCACCCAUCUUAACUAGUUAUCAGUGACCAGGGAGCUAAGGAGGAAGGGCUGCUGUUACACCUCUUCACCUAUCCUAACCAGGGUGUCAUACAGUGAUUGGUUAUUCUCACUGUCUGGUUAUGAGCUGCUGUCAAAUCUGUCCAUGACAUAGAUUGAUAAAGUCAUGCAAAAACAAUAAAAACAAAUGACACCACUACACAGAACUCACCAUACACUAUUUGAGUGCCUCUUAUGUGUGGUACAGUACAGACAGGGCUGUGUCCAGACAUUUUUGUGACAGGAAAGGCUAAACUGCGGCUCCAACCUCUCAUAGUCAAAUCAACAUUCCAGGUUUCAGUAUGAUUGUAUACUGUAGUAAGCUUAAGAAAGCAACAGAAAUGAUUGAGGAGUGUUAUCAACAUUUCUGUUAUUGAAAUACAGUCUUGCCGCGGGGGCUUUACAAUGUCAGCGUAACUAGUUAUGUGAGUUUUUCACAAUGUGCCCUUUAUCAGUGUCACUCUGAGAUCUGGAACAUAGGUAUUGCUCUGUCAAGAUGUUGACAUGACCUGACUGUAGUCUGUGAUUCUGAGUGAGAACUUCCACUGGUUGUGUGUGUGUUGUGUGCCAGUUUUGCUGUGGUUCAGCUCCCAUCUACAUCAACUGGCUGUCCUCAAAGAGUGCAGUGCUGGGGUCCCUAGACCUCAUGAUUUCCUGUGCUUUUCCACCUCCAUGAUGAGCUUCUUCUAAUUCAUUUUGUCGUCAAUGACUUGAAAUUUUCUCGCCAGUUGACUCCAGGCCUGGCUCUGCUCGUUACUAUGCUGAUUUAGUUCUGUGAAAUGUGAUCUGGCGUCAAUGCAGAGUUUUUUACUCUAAAAAUCAAACAGAUGUUUUUAGAUCGUUUUGGUGUCUGACCUUCUUUCUUGUUCCAUCUGAGUGUCGGUUGUUGGGUUGUGCUGAGGCAGCGAACAACAAUCGUAUUACUGCUGAAGAGGGCUCGUAACUGCAGGAGGUGUUUUGCAUAGCAAUGUACUGGUUUUAAGCGUUGGCACUGCAUUGGUACAGAACAUACAGAGGCAUUAUUAUAUGUUAAAAAGCUCAUAUAAAUAACCUCCACAGAGAAAUGAAAGACAGGGUGACAUAAACAGAUGACAUGGUGAAUGUGAGCUUAUGUUAGGAAAAAGAUGAGACCGCUGUAAAUGUAACAUCAGUGUUAUAUCUGGAUCUGCAAGGUUGUUGUAACAUGGCUUUUGAGCGUUGCGGUAUAGCCAGCAUUUAUACCAAAAGUAAAAGAAAUAAAUCAUAUUAUUUGCAUCAUGCUAUGCAAUCCUUCCAUUACUUACAUCAUUUUGUUAUAAUCACAGUGGUUUUCCUGUCUUACCCUGAACAUUUUCUGUCCGUCAGCGCACACUGAAGCCCUCAAAAGUGUCAUAUCGGUGCUCUAGUGUGUGAUUUCACAUUACACUAUUGUAGGAGCGGGAGAAAUGUGGCUUGUUAAAACACAGUAGGAGCUUCAGGUACCUUUAAGCCUCAGAAGACACAAACAGGACAGCGAGAAGAGCUCGCAGUGAUGCGGCUGCAUGAGAGCUGCAUGUGUGGAAAAGGGCAAAGCAGAGAGACAUACAGCGCACAGGAUGAAGCCUGGCUGUUGUCCAGCUGUUUUCUGCUGUUUCUGAGGUGUGGGCUUGUUAGUUAGUUUGUCAGAGCUAAACCACUGUAAAAUAAACAAAACAACAUGGCAGGAUUUUGCUUAAUUUCAUUAGCUGUGCUCACUUGGGCUGGAAAAUUCACUGCAGAUCUUUAGUUUUUGAAAGUUUCAGUAUUUUGGACACUAUCAAAUGUAGAAAUCUUGGAGAUUGUGUCAUUAUGAAGUACCCAGUUCAUUCUUCUGCCCUGAGAAUGGCCAUAAGAAGUUCAUAGAAUAAGGAAGUGUGAAAGUAAAAGUCAUAAAUGGUGUCCCGGCUUGAAGAGUUGCUUGUUAUUGAAUAAUCUGUCCAUUGAUUCAGUUUGAUCUCAGUUAAAAACAUUUUAAAGCUUCCAGGUAGUGUAUCCACAUGCGCCAUCAAGGAAGAGUGUUAGAUUUAAACCGUAUAAAAUAUAGUCCAAAAUUGUUUUGUGAUCUAGUGUUAUAAUAAAAAGCACAGAUGAGCCCAGUAAAGUUUAUGGCUGAUCAUAACUCAUAAAUCUGUCGGACUUUGUUCUCCUGCUAGUUUUACAGAACAGAAGUAGGAAACACACAGAAAGGCAGAGUGAACCUCAGCAGACAGCACUGUUUCACAGAGCAAAAUGAAACUAUUGUUUAGAAGAUGACCUACUGGCUAAAUAAUUGAAGUGGACAGGAUUCAUUCAGCUCUCAACAGUAAAUAGAAAUGAGUCCUCCUGGUGAAUAAUGACAGGGAAGUAUCCAAGUAGUAUGUGGAAGUGUGGUUUAUAAUUCCCCCCUGAUACAUUCUGUACUUAAAAAUUUUGAUCUCUGAGCACCCACAACCAAAAGCAGAGUCUUGACCAGCUUUUUGGCCGCUCAUCCACAUCCAAUUUUUGAAUCAUAAGCAUCUACAGACACUGGGUCUCAAUCUGAUACUUGCAUUUGCACAGAAAAUAGAACAGCACAUUAUUUUUUAUAUACAAAGUCCAGAGUUUGUUGUUUCAGGAUAACAGCCCCUCCUCUGUCACUGUGCUGUGUCUGUUGCACAUUUAGAUUUUAGAUAUCCUCCUAAACAAUUGUAGUUCACUGCGAGUGGCUGGUGGACUUUUUUCUCUUUCUAAUUCAAAAUAUUUCUGCGAUGCUGACAGUUCAGUAACAGAGCGACUAAUGCUGAUGAAACAGACUCUCCUGUGUUUGGUAUAUUCUUUUGCUAUCUUAGCUUUACGCCCCUGGAAAGGUACUGUAGGCUGCUUUAUAGCGGUCGUUGUUGUUGCUGUAAUCUGGCUGGGUACUUGUGGUUAUGCCCUAAAGUUUUCGGCCAUGCUUGGAGAAUUCAGCCAGGUGAAUCCUGAACAUGUAGUUUCUCAUGUAUCUGUUUUCUGCUUCAAAUUGCACUCAGUAUAUGACAGCUGACAAAAACAACCAGGAGACAAUUUGCUCUAAUUAGUGAUAUCAGAUGAGUUAAGUCUUUCAAUAAAUGCAAAAAACACUAAAAUCACCUGAGCAAGUGUUGAGACCAGACAGUGUAAGUAAAAGGAUCGAUAUCUAUCGUAUACUAUAUACUGUAGAUAUACUGUAGGUUACUGCUUUUCACGCCGACUGAUCAAACUUCGACCAGUAAAGCGUUUUCAACUACGCUGCCGCCUCCGAUCGGUGCCCCUGCGUCUUAACUCACGUUACAUAUUUCCAGUCCGGUAUCAUCUGGAGACAUGCAGCUGCCUCAGUAAGAGAAGUAGCUCGAUCACGUUUCAAUGUUUACUAUUGUUUAUUCUACCGUUACUGGCACGGCUAACAGUGUAGCAAGGCUAAUAGCAGAUGGCUGACUCUAACUUUAGCUUGCAUAUUACAUGGUGCUUCACCGUUAACUCGGCGUGACUGAGACCAGCACAGCGGGACACAUCGUGAAGUGGGUUGAACUGAAACUUGUUGACUUAUUGUGUAUUUCACAAACUGGUUUAUUUACCGUUGAGGUGGACCACUCUCCUCUGUGUGUCCCUGAGCUGCCUGCUUCAGACCUGUCACUCUGCUGUGCUGUGAGGAAGUUAGUGGAUGAAGAUUGCCAUGAGGUCGCUGCACCAUCUACAGGAUAAGUUGGGGAACUUUUCAAAUGGCGGAACGUUUUCGAAGUGAAACCGAAUCUUAUUCUCCGCAUUUUAUUUCUGAAAAUAUCGGCUAAAAUUGGCGAGUUUUGGGUGAUUACUGAUUAGUCUCAAACGGGCUAAAAUUUGCCGAUUUAAUCAGCUUGCCGAUAAAUCGGUCGGGCCCUACUAAAGACCAUAAAAACUUUAAACUGACACUUCCACUCUCGUUGUCAGGCUCACGUUCACUGAGUCUGUUUCAUUUGAUCAGUAGCUGAUUGGUUGUUCGAACCACGUCAUAUUCUGUAUACUGUAUGCAAUGGUUAACUCACUAACUCACAGACAGUGAAACCAGUUAGUUGUUGAACUGUCUGUGAUAGCGACCGCUUUCUGAUGUAGUCUGCAAAAUAGUGUAAUUUGAGCUUCAUUUGUCUUAGUGGUUUUGGUACUGGAUCUGGGUAUGACCUGGCAAAAGACAUUUCAGGUGGAAAUAGAGGAAUCAGUACAAGAAAGAACUAUACAAACAAACAUGGAUUCAUAGUUUGUUCCCUACAGAUGUGCAGUUAGAAGUAGAAAGCAUCCCUGUCAUUGUCAAGGAGUGAUAUUUAUUUUUAACGAGCUCAUGUGUACCUGUCACCCCGUCUCCCCCGGCACUUUUAACACUCUCUGUCUGCUGGUUCUCUCAGGAACUUGAGGAGAUUCGCAGGUCUGGAAUGAAAAACUUCAGAAACAUUCAAGUCGAGGAAUCAAACCUAUUGUCAUGGCAAGGGCUCAUUGUUCCUGUGAGUAUUCUCUGUCUGUCUGUGUGUGUGUGUGUGUGCGUGAACGUGAGACUGAUCAGACGUGAAAUCAUCACUCGGCUUCCCUCACUUAACACUCACCUGUCCUCACCUCCAGGACAACCCUCCAUAUGACAAAGGUGCGUUCAGGAUUGAAAUAAUUUUCCCCACUGAGUACCCCUUCAAGCCUCCCAAGAUCACAUUCAAGACAAAGAUCUAUCACCCCAACAUUGACGAGAAGGGCCAGGUGUGCCUGCCUGUGAUCAGCGCAGAGAACUGGAAGCCUGCCACCAAAACUGACCAAGGUGCGUUACACAACAAUUAGCUUUGACAACAUGUAGGCUUUGCAGACACACCUCUACGAAAACUCAUCAAGGUAUUUUUGUUGCAUAGCGACAAGACAUCAUGGGCGCUAUUUAAACGAUUAAAUACAGGUGUAGCAGAUUAAAUUUGGGCGUGUCAGACCAGAGUUUGUUUUGAUUGGUUAAGUGGCGCACAAUCUGAGCACUAAUUGAGGUGUAGGGUGUAAAGUGAUUGAAUCAAGUUCCCUCAACUAUCCACAGGUAUAACAAAAUAAACAAAUCAAUGUGUUUACUUUAAUUAUCCUAAAGGGUGAGGUGUGCCUGCAGCCUUGGAUGUUAUUAUAACAAUUCAAGGUCACUGUAUAAGUUAUGUUGCUGCAUGGAUUGAUGUUAUAUCCGCCUGAAUUAUUCUUUUGCACAGGAAAAAACAUCAAGCCUUCUUUAGUUAUUCAAAACUAAAGUCAUGUUGGGAGUAUCAGACAGGAUCUAUAAGCUGAAGUCUGUACUGUCCAAUAAAGAAAGGUAGUUAUUGUUAAUAUUGGGGUCACCAUAUUCAGUGGCAAGACAGCCAUAAACAAAUGAAUGACUGAAUGAAUGAAUGGAUAAACAAAUAAAUCUCAUUUAGUUGUGUGUGGGUGUGCGUCUGUUACAGCAUGUAUUUGAGAGAAUGUGUAUGACAUGAUGGAAGGUUUGCUGACGUCUAGGGCUGGGCGGUAUGGGAAAAAGUUUAUCACAAUAUACUUUUUUCAUAUCAGUCUAUGGAUAUAUAUCACAAUAUAAAAAAAAUCACUUGUCAAUCUUAAAUGUUCCCUGUUACUCUUAAAUGAAAUUUAACAGGGCUUAUUGGUGGCAUGUCUUUACCAAAACAAUUAGCUACUGUAUCCUUGAGGUCUUCGUGUCAGUCAUUCAUUCAUUUCAUUCAUUAGUGUUUAUUGGCUUUGUAUAGUCUACCAAAACAUGGCAACUAUUGAAAAGCACAUUGACCAUGUUUUAUAUUGAUAUAGAGGGAAAUUAAUUUUGGAUAUAUAUCGUUAUCGUUUUAUCGCCCAGUCCUACUGACAUCUCAGGCUGUGCAAAGUGCACCAUGCAGAGCUGAGGUGAAGCAGGUGUGUGAGGACGCUGUGGUGACUGUCCCUCUUCAUCUGCCCUGUGCUGGGGAUAAGGCAGAAAAUACAAGCAUCUCAAACAGCCCCUGAUCUUAACAGACAAUCCUCUGUGAAAAUUGACCGAGUUCUGUGUGUUUUAUGUGCCACUCAGUCAUAGAAAUAUAAUCUCAGCACAUACUUGGCUAUGACAGUUGUCCAAAUUUUGUUUGUGUCACACAGGAAUAAGUGAAAAAAAAACAAAACUUUUUUUAAUCAAAACAAUAUACAAUCUGAACAAACACAUUGUGAAAUGAUGGUGCCCUGUAUAACUUUAUAUAUUUAAAUAUACAGCUGAAGGAAGAGUCAUGAGUAUUGACAGCAUGAGGAAUGAAAGGUGGGGGUGAAUAGGGUACUUUGUACUUUGUUGACUUGCAUCCAAAUGACAAACGGUACAUUAUUAUAAUUGAGUGUUAUAGACAGAGAUCAGGAAACAUCCGGACCAUCUCUGCUGAACAGUAAGUAUCAGUAUUAGUCCGUAGAGGUGGGAUAUGAGUCAGAAUCAACCCCUUAGUUCUUCUUAGCAAACAUAACCUCCAUAAUAAUCAUCUAAAGGUGGCAGAGUUCUGAUUUUAUGCUUCUAACACAUCCUGUUCCUCAGCUGAUUGGUGGCCAUGACUCUCCUCAGGAAUCGCUCUUCAGCUGGAGGGAAAUGCUACUUUGUUUUAAAGAUCUUGGUGAUGAAGUGAAAUGUGCCAUUCUCUGUUAACAUCAGUUCUUUUUUCAAAGCUUUUUAAUGCUGUGAGUGUAUCACCCUUGUUCUUUAUUGUUAAUCUGUGUUGGAAGUGAGAGCAUUGAUCAAGGAACAGUGUUGUUCCUCCUUCAGUCAGCAGCACAGGAGUUCAAACAGUGAUGGUUCCACCUCUGUGAGGGAGGAAGAGCGGUGGUGUCUAGUAACAAUUAAUACAUUACCCUGAUUACAAAUUAGAAUAUCAUCAAAAAGUUGCUGGCCAACAUUAGUCAGCUACCCCCCAUCCCCACGCCCCACUCCUCUCCCUCCUCCCUAGCCUCCCUAAAACAAAAGCCCCGUUCAUGGAUGAACUCCUGACAUUUCCCAGAUCAUUUCAGGACAUUGAGACUCUCAUACUCGAGGAACUUGUUGUUCAUGGAGCUCACAGCUGCUGGAGGUUAGCUGUGUCAGAUGCUCUCUCACCACUCUGUUUGAUCUAAGUAAAUAUGUGGCUUUGUGAACUUCAGAAGCGUGGAGUAACGUCUCCUCUGUGUUUGUUAAUGUCUCUCCAACAUGUGUGAAAACGUUCCCACAAUGCAAACACUGUUGGUUCCUUUCCAACCUGCAGUCCUUAUGAAGGAUGUCACUCUCUCUCUCGCUCUCUCUCUCUCUCUCUCUCUCUCUCUCUCUCUCUCUCUCUCUCUCUCUCUCUCUCUCUCUCUCUCUCUCUUGUUGAGAACUUAAAAAACGUUUAAACUUUGAGCAUUGACAGUUCAGGCUGUAGACCUGCUCAAAUUACUUUUUAUGACGCUCUAAAUCAGUGGUUCUCAACUGGUGGGUCCUGACCCAAAAGUGGGUCGCGGACACGUUCUAGAUGGGUCCCGAACAGCUGGUCAAAAAAGUAAAUAUUUAAUGCGCAUCUGAUGUUUGACAUGUCUCUUACUUUGAAAAAUAGCUUAUUUUGACAGGCACGCAGUAUGUCGUGGUCAACAUGAAAACUUUACUCAUAGAAUGGGUGUAUUUAUGUUAAAGAUUUGAGUAUUCAAAGUUUUUAAAAAAUUUUUAUAAAGAAUAAAUUUGCUUGGUUUAAAUUUUAUAAAUGUGGGUUGUGACUUAAGGACCAGUUAAGAGUGAGAGCAGUUGAGAACCACUGCUCUAAAUGACACAUAAUUAAAAAGUUUAUAUAAAGAUAUAAAUAGAAGAUAGAAUAAUGCAGUGUCAGUGCAGAUUUUCUACUACAGUAGGUGUCGAUGUGCAGCCUUUGUCUUUUUCACUCACGAUGUCACCCACCAAAAAAAUCCAAAAACAAGUCAACCAAGAGGCUAAGCGGUUGUGAAUUGAACAGUAAAAAUAUGACCAACUUUGCAGCUUUGUACCUUUCACAUGUAUUAUUAUUAUUAUUAUUACUUUACCAUCUCUUUUUUGUUGUUGAGUUUCUUUGUUAUCUGGCGUAUCAAACUUGGUGAUUAUCAAACAUUUUAAGUGAAUUUUGGACAAAGUUUCUCCAGCUUGUCUUUUUUCAUAUGACAUUUUCUCUGCUGCUCAGGCCAUGCCUAUCUGACUUGUGUCUCUGUGCGUUUCAGUAAUUCAGUCCCUCAUCGCACUGGUGAACGACCCGCAGCCGGAGCACCCCCUGAGGGCAGACCUAGCAGAAGAAUACUCAAAGGACCGUAAAAAAUUCUUGAAGAACGCUGAAGAGUUUACAAAGAAACACGGCGAAAAGCGGCCAAUGGACUGAUCACCUGACGAGCGUGUAGCCCUCUCUCUGUCUCUUUCUCCUCCUCUUCUCUCCUAUCUCAACCCCCCCCUCCCUCUUCAAAAAAAAAAAAAGAUUACCCAUCAUCCUCUAGCUCCCCCCUUUCUCACCCCCCUUCCUCACUCACUGUCGUCCCUCCAUACCUGUCUCGCCCCGGAGCCGCCCAGCUGAAGCCAGGCAGCAGCAGCAGCCUCAGCCCCCCUCUCCCCCCCACACACACCCAGGACUCUCUGUGGAUCAGACAGCUUCCUCCCCUCCUCCUCCUCCUCUUCCUCCCCCUCUCAGCCAUACACCUCCAUCAUUUCUAACUUUCUACUCUUUCUUAAUGUGAAAAUGGAAAAAGCAAAGUUAAGGGAAGCUGAUGUUCAGAUGAAGAGUUAGAUUGAAAUACUCAGUCCUGUGUUAAUUUUCUGUUCCCUUCAUAUAAACAGCUCCUGUGUUCAAUAGUUCUCUCACAUAGACAUGAUUGAUUGAUUAAGUUUUACACAGCAGGAGAAUUGAUCCAGUCUUGAAGUUUUCACCAUCAUCAGUUAUCUUUAAAUAAAAACAUACCUGGCAAGACGGACAGAAGAGACGUUGUAGCUAGGACCUGCUUCUACACCUGCACUGUGGGACAAUCCCUCUCACAACACACAAACACACUAACAUCAAGCAUGCACACACAUAAAUACACACACACACAAACACACACACGCUGGCAGGCCAUACAUGGUUGUUAUUUCUGAAAAUGUUCAGAAUAAGAGAUAAAAAUGAGUCUCCAAACACUCCAAACAUGUUGUCCACCUCUACAGUUGCCCUCACACACACACACACACACACACACACACACACACACACACACACACACACACACACACACACACACACACACACACACAGUCUGUCCCCUCAUGCUCUAAACACACACACACCAGCUGCAUGACGAAAGCCUCCUUUCCUCAUCCACAAUCAUUUCUCCACUUUGAAUAGUUUGAUUGGCACUUGUCGUAGAGAUGAUGAUGAUGAUGAUGAUGAUGAUGAUGUUGUUAAGAUGAUGAAGAAGCCGUGGAGUUAAUUAGACGUCCCCCCUGAGUUAGAAGCACCUGAAACAGAACCAGAGCCCCUUCACCACACUGAGACAGAGUCCAGCAGCUCAGCGACUGUCGGCCACCCAGCUGAGAGGGACCGAGCCGUCAGGACAAGGGAGGAAGAGGAGGAGGAGGAGGAGGAGAAGGAGUAGGAGGAGCAGAUGUGAUGAAGCUCAGCAUCAGGAGGCAGGUGGUCCGAGAAAUGAGCGCCUUGAAGGCAGCUGGGAGAGGGCAGGCUGUCCGGGGUUGUGUCAGGACACGGGAAGGGACUUCAGUGGCCAAAAGCAAACCACCAUGUAACCGCUGUUUGAUCUGCUCCCAAUAUUGUUUCAUAAUAAAGAUGGCUGACCAUUUGGCCUCACUGUCUGCCUGCUGUCACCAACAUGAUGUCUCAUAUGUGCAGAUCAACAUGAGCUCAGUGAAGGAUGCAGGUUCAUAAACCAGAACAAAACAAAUAUUCCAGAAGCUCUCACUCCCCUGACUGAUGCUUCAGCCAAAACUCUGUUUGAGCUUAAAAACCCAUCAGUUUUAAAAAAAAUUACAUUUAACCUCAAUUCCCAAAAAUGGUGGGACACUGCAUAAAGGUUUGCAAACCAGGUUUUGAUGAUUUGCAAAUCAUUUAAUUAUAAUCCAAGAUGGCGCAAAGACAUCAAAUCAGAUAUUAAAAGAGUAAAUCAUCUAGUUUUAUGAAAAUAGUUUUUUUUUUAAAUUUGAUGUCAGCAACAUGUUUCAAAGGAGUUGGGACGGGGCAAAAAAAAAACAAAACUGGAGGAACAUCUCCCAACUAAUGAGUUAAAAGAGGUUUUUGAGUCUCUCAAGAAGAUCAGAAUAAGUCCACCACUUUGUUAGAAACUGUGUAAGCAAAUAUCUCAGCAACUUCAAAAUAAAGUUCCUUUAUAUAUUUGCAAAGACUUAGAGGAUUUCAUCACCUUCAGCAUAUAAUACAAUGUCAAGAUUCAGAAAAUCUGUUAUAACCUCUACAAAUGGAAAAGGGCCCAGGAUUAAUACUGGAUGGACAUGAUCAUCAGGUCCCAGAGAGGCACUGCAUCAAAACAGACAUGAGUCUAAAAAUGGAAAUCACUGCAUGGGCUCAAAAUCACAUCCAAAAACCAUAACCUGCCAACAUACUUAGCUGGUGCAUACACAAACUUAGAAGCACAUCAAUCUCACUUUUGUUCUCAUUUUGUUGUGAUAUGUGAGACUGAUGUGCUUCUAAGUGAGGCACUUAUUUUAUUUUAUUCUUAACUGUUGUUUUGUAUGUUUUUUUAUAUACAUUUUUUUAAACCAUGUCCAGAUAUAAAUAAAUAAAGAAAUUCAGAAUACACAACCAUUCAUUAAGGACACUGUAUAUAAGUGUGAUCCAGAGUUCCCCAUGCUCAAAGGUUGUGGUCCUCAAGCUGGCAGCAGUUUCUUUCUAACCUGCAGCCCUCAUUACUGAUGACACUCUCCACUCCCUUUCCUGGGUUCCUGCUCCAUCAACUGUCCUUUCCUUUCUAAACAGGGGCAUCCUACAUUCUUUUUGGAAAUCAUAGAUGCCACAACUAUUUUUUGGGACUUUACUGAUGUAUAGAGGACCGUGGAUAGAGCAGGAAACAGAAGACAGAGUGGGGAAUGACAUACAGGAUGGAGGCCACAGGGUGGAUUUGAACCCAGGUUAUGUGGGGUGAGCCUAGACUGCUCGCCUAUUGCUGCGCCAAAAGCCUAGAGUGUUUCAGAUGAGCAGGACUGGCUGGUUUGUCUUCAGUGCACAUUUCAAAAGCCAGCAUAUAUGAUGUUAUGGAGAUUCACAAGUUUUAGUUCCAUUCUUUAUUGUCUUUGUAGUAUUUUAAUUAAACAUGGAUUCCUGACAAUUCACAAAUCAUUACAUCCUGUUAUUAUCAUUAUUUUUCACCGCA